AUGUCUAACAAGGAACGUGCAUUUGGGGUUAUGUAUUGGAAAUUCAUGCCUCACCUUUUCAUGGUUCUUGUUCAGGUGGCUCUUGCAUUUCUAUAUGUCCUAGUAGAGGCUUCAUUUAAUAAUGGGAUGAACCCUCAUGUCUUUGUUACUUAUCGGUAUGCGGUUGGAGGCAUAGUGGUGCUUCCUUUUGCUUAUUUUCUUGAAAGAGAAGCAAGGUCAAAGUUAACUAUGGCAAUGUUUAUGGAGCUAUUUUUUCUUUCCCUCUUCGGAAUCAGUCUUGGCCCGAACAUGUUUUUUGCAAGUUUGGAAUAUACCACUCCUUCCUUUGUGGCAUCAAUGAUUAACACAAUCUCAUCUCUUACGUUUAUGAUUGCAGUUGCAUUCAGACUAGAGGCUGUUGAUGUUAAGAGCCCUCGUGGGUUGGCAAAAAUCUUUGGAACUGUAUUAUCUUUGACUGGUGCAGUGAUAAUGACUUUGUAUAAAGGACAUACAAUAGAAAGCUUACAGGGUACCCCGUUCCACAUCAGAGAUAAAUUGGGUCAUAAUAACUGGAUUAAAGGAUCAAUUUUGACGGUUGCAAGUUGCAUAUCAUGGUCUUUAUGGUACAUACUGCAGGCUAUUAUAGUGAAGAAAUACCCAGCACAUUUAUCACUAACAGCAUGGAUAAAUUGCAUGGGUGCAGCACAAUCUGCUGCCUUUACUGUACUCGUGCAACACAAACCUAGAGCAUGGUCCAUUACAUCCAGUUUUGAACUCUGUUGCAUUUUAUAUGCGGGAGUUAUAUGUGGUGGUUUGAUUACCUUCAUUCAAAUAUGGACCACGGAACACAAAGGUCCAAUCUUUGUGAGUAUGUUUAAUCCCGUUGGAACAACUUUGGUGGCAAUCAUAGCAUAUUUUGUUUUGGGGGAACAACUUCACAUGGGCAGUAUACUGGGAGUAGGCAUUGUUAUCAUUGGUCUGUACUUGCUAUCAUGGGGAAAAGAAAGUGAUCAAAAUUACAAGAAGCCACAACAAUCUUUUCCAACAGAUGUUGAGCAGAAAGAAUGUGGAACAAAUAUAAAGACUUCAGCUGAGGAAGAGAAAGAUUAUGGCCCAGAGUAUAGUGGGCUCCAGAGAAAAGGAGUCUUGAGAACACAUUCCGGUACAUACAGCAUUGUCCGCAUCUGA